AAACUAUAUGUCAUGUAGCUCAUGUCCUUAAUGGUAGCUUACUCUUUGAAGUCACCAUAACAAAAUUCCUAGAAAACCACUUCCAUAUUUAAUUAAUUCAAUAAAACCUCACCUAUAAUAUUUGAAAGUCCAACUUUUAUUUAUUUACUAAUUUAUCUUUGUUCCAUUUAUUAUAAUUUAUACUACUCAUUCUAGCUUCAAAUCACUCUUCUAAAUCCAAAUUCACCCUCUUGGAGAUGGAUCUUGAUGAAUGGGAAUCCAUCUCUAAUGAUGGCUACUUUGAUUUCAAUGAAGAUGGUGAGAAAAAAAAUUUCCUAGGAGAAGGAUCAGAAAGUGCUUUUGAAAUGGAAUAUUUAUAUCCAACAUCACCAAGAAAACAAAACCAACUUGUCCCUUUACAAAUUCCAUUAGACCUCAAAAUUGGUAACACAUCAAAUGAUGUUUUUUUGAAAGACAUAACAAAGAAUCAAUCUUUUGAAGGUGAUCAAGAAGAGAAUGUGUCACAAGUUUUUUUUAAGAUUAAGGAAAAUGAAUUUGUUGACAUGAAAAUUGAGUCACCAAAGUCAAGUAGUAGCAAAGAGAUUAUUACUUCUCCAAGAAUGAUUGUUGAGAAAGAUGUGUUUGGUCAUAAUGAAGAAGAUUCAAAUUGGGAAGAAGAAAACAAUAGUGGUUUUAAUUUAUGGAAAUGGAGUCUUAGUGGUGUUGGUGCUAUUUGUACUUUUGGUGUUGUUGCUGCUUCUAUUUGUGUUUUGUUCUUUGGAAGUCAACAAAGGAAGAAAAAUCAACAUGACAAGAAGAUGAGGUUCCAAAUAUAUAAUGAUGACAAGAGGAUUAAGCAAGUGGUGCAGCAUGCAACAAAAUUGAAUGAAGCAAUUGCUGUAGUAAGAGGGGUUCCUAUAACAAAAGCACACAUAACAGUUGGUGGCAACUAUGAUCUCUUUGAUUGAAGCAUCAAUUAAGUGCUUAAUUCAUGAAUCAUUUGGAGUAUAUAAUGGGAAACAGUGGCAUAAAAUCUAUCAGUAUUUAUUAAUGUAAAUAACAUGAUGCACUAUGAUGUUCCCUUAUUGCUCAUCCUUGUAAAUAUGAUAUUGAUACAUUUUCUAUGGUCUUUGUAAAAUUAAGUCACAAAUUAUUCACCAAAAAAAAUAAAAAUUAAGUCACAAAUUAUAGCGGAUUUUUCACUAUUAUUUGGUCUAUAGUUUUGAAGUAUCAAAGUCGGAGAAACUGUAUAAUUUUGCCAAUACAAGUAUAUAUGUGUAAAUUUUUCCCAUAG